AUGGAGCCGGUGGUCCGAGAGCUGCAGGAGCUCAACAUAGGCAGCUCCAACUUGCUGGGUCUGCCAGAGCCUUGCCCUUGGGACAGCGAUGAUGAUCUCCUGGGAAUCGGGGGCAUCAAACCCAAAUCAUCACCUACUCCAAGGCGUCGAAGCUCAUUGUCCUGCUCUGAUGAUGACUCCCAGCCUCCACCUUCCAGCUCCCGGAGAGUGUCUUUUGCGGAUACUUUUGGCUUCAGUUUGGUCUCUGUAAAGCAGUUUGAUGCCUGGUCAAAGUGUGAUCCUGUAGAUACGCUGGAGGUUGAUCUUAAGGAUGUGAAGGAGUGCUUUCUGAAACUUCUCUUUACUCUUCCACUGACACUGGAGGAGCUGCUCUAUAGGGUCCAAGAACAGAAGGUGGAUCUGGAGAGUCUAGAGCUUCUCCCCGGAACAACCACACUGAAAGGGAUUGUUCGUGUUAUGAACUUGUGUUUCGAUAAGCUGGUGUACAUCCGCACUUCCUUGGACUGUUGGAGCAGCCAUUUUGACCUGCUGGCAGAGUACGUGCCUCAGUCAAGCCAAGGGCUUACAGAUUGUUUUGCUUUCAAGCUAACGCUGGUGCCACCGUUUGGAGAGGAAGGAGCCAGAGUGGACUUUUGCAUUCGAUAUGAAACACCUUUUGGAACUUUCUGGGCUAACAACAGUGGACAGAAUUAUGUUCUGUUCUGUCAUGAAAAGGCAAAAGAACAAGACGAAAAUGAGAAAUUUAAAAAAAGCUGUCUGAAACCAACCAGACAUUCCUCAAUGACCAGCACUACCUCAAAUGCAGAGGAAAUUCAAGAAAUAAUCCUUAAUUGUGGAAUAGCUGCUGGUGCUGAACCUACAGGCGUCAAAGAAGAAAAAACACAGGAGGAACACAUGAAACUAAAGCAGGAAGAAAACAGCAUAAAGUGCAGUAGGAAAAGCAGACGAAAAGCUGCACGGAUGGCAAAACUACAGCAGUACUUUGCACAAAGAGAUGAAAAAGACCUCCAACAGACUGAGAAUGGCACUGAUGAAGUGGAUGUCCCUGUUCCAGCAAUAGAUGAGGCACCAUUAAACCUGUCAACACCACAAACAAAUGUCACCUCUUUGCUGGCUGAGCCUAGAAAAACUGAAGGACAGAAAUUCAUUGCAGUUUCUAUGGAUGUUGACAGGAACCAGGUUCCUGCUACACAAAGUCACACACAGGAAAGGGACAAUAUUUCAGUAAUACACCCUGAACUAAUCACUUCCAAAUCCCAGACUAGGCAACCCCCCUUGGACUCUGUAAACAGUCAUAACUCUGUGGUAGACUCACAGCUGUUGGAGAGCAGCCAAGAUAAAGAAACAGUUACCAGCCAGAGUGUUUCACUUAAGUACCAAACUUCAGAAAAAUCUAUUGGUAAAUCUGUUGAAAAGGCAUGGGUAUGCUUUGAAAAAUGUGCUAUGGAAAAGAUGGGGAGCACUCCAGACACUUAUGGCAAUGUAGGCAAAACAAAUCAUGUGGACAAUACAAUAUUAGAGAAUAGCCAAGGCACUCAGUUGUUUGGUCAUCACUACACAUUUGAGACAAUAGUGGCUCCACUUUAUCAUCAAGUUUUUGAAAAAAUGGAAAAUGACAGAAGAGGGCUUAGGAACAGGAUAUCCAAGGCUGACGAGUCAGCUGAGAAACAGGACGAUGGGAGUCUGAGAAUAGUCACGUACCCAAGUGUAGAGACAAGGUCAAAUCCAGAAAUAUCAGCAAAACAUGUGAACAAUGAUGAUUAUCAUGGGGCCUGCAACGAAACAUUUCCAGAAUAUUUACAUAACACAAAGAGUGCUACUGAAAAUGCUUUAUCUGUUCCGAAUGUGAAAACAAAACUUGUUGCAGAGAUUGCUUCACAGGGCAGUGCUUUACCAGAUAUUACAGACAAUCUGUUGUAUGCUAAUAUUUCAGAAUCAAAAACAGCACAACCAGUUAUACUUAUAGAGAAACAACAUUCAUCCUGGAAAGAACCCACAAUUGAUCAGACAGAACAAACACCAGAAAGGAUUAUUUUACAAAGUGGACAUUCGGACGAAACAGAAUAUUCACUAGACAACAAGCCUCCCUAUAGUGGAUAUUCAUUAAACAUCUUACAGCAAGAGCUGAUAUGUAUAGAUAGUGCCAUUUUACCCACAUGGUCUGAAGUAAACAUAACACAUGCCAAACCCUCACCAACUAUAAUUUCUGAAAAUCCACAAUCUGAGGACAGAUCAGACACCCAGAUAUCUUUUGAAACUCAAACUAGUGAUGACAUCAAUAAAAUGCAGGAAAAGGAAGCCCAAAGAUCAGAGCAAACCAUAAAUACUUACAUCAAAUGCCUGGAGGAAAGCUACACUCCCAUGCCUCACUCUACUUUGUUCCAUUCUGACAUUUCAUCAAAUGUCACACCUAAAAUUAUCCAAAGUGAAGCUUCAUCUCUCUUUCAGGAUCUGACACAAGCGACCAUCAAAUCCCAAAUUCCAGCCACCAUUUUAUUUACUCAAAGCCUAGAGGCAACUAGAGGCACAGUUCCUCAACUCCAAACUACAGACGACACAAAUCUGAUCCAGACAACAGCCAACAUGUGUCAACAUAGGGAUAGUUCUCAUCGUGUUGGAUCUGAGCCAGAAUCAAAUCCAAGUGAUAGAACUGAUGGUGUUGAUAGUUGGGAAGAAAUGGAAAAUGACACUAAAACUAUUCAGACAGAAAUAUUACAUAUGAGCCUAGAGGAGACAGCUAUAGAUAGGCUCUCACCAAACCUUAUAGAUGUCAUCCAAAUCAAUGAAAAUAAAGAUUCGGAUUCCGAUGAACUUUUGGUUAAAGAAAUGGCAAUGUCUAACAUUAGAGACGAUUCUAUAGAUGCCUCACAAGAAGAAGAGGUUAAAGAAAAUGACCAGGUAAAGAUUCCUGAUAAAAAUGAAGAACGCCAAUUAACAGGAAUGGCAGAAAAUCAAUCAGAGGAAGUAAAGGAAAUAUGGGAAGUAAAAAAGCAAGUAGAAAAGAAAGCAGAGGAACAACAUGAAGACAAACAAGUAGAUCAAAUAGAAAAAGAAGAACAAGAAAGUGAUGAAAAAGUCGAAUUAGGUAAUGGCAAAUUUAAAGAUGAGUCAUACUACAUAGAGGAUGAUGAAGAAGAUGUAAAGAAGGAUGGUGUGGGAAAAGAUGCAGAGCCAAGAAGAAAUGGAGUGGAAUGGGAGGAUGGAAAAGAUCUUGAAGUAGAGAUUGAGGCGCAGGAGAAGGUCAGUGGAGUAACAUCUAUGGCUACGCCACAAAGCAUCCUUAAUAUAGACUCUUUAAUUAGAGAGGGUCACUUACAUGUGGGGCAGGAGCAGCAAAACAUAGGCUUGGAACAGAUGUCUGAUGAACCAGUAAGUGAAAUGCACUCCAUUGGUGAAGAAGUAGAGAUUUUCUGUGGAACUGAUUCAUCACAGCAAGCUCUGGCACAAAACAAUGAUCGAGUUGAAAAAGUAGAAAACAAUUCAGAAUUCGUUGACCGAGACGAAGACGUGUGCCGCCAAAUUGACAAAGAGCAUGUGGCAGUAGAUGCUAUUGGUGAGGUUGACGCAGUACUGGAGAAGCAAGAGAGGGACUGCUUAAACGAGAACAUGGAUGACAGCGCUUCAACAGAAUCUGUAACAGAUGAUGAAAUGGAGCUGUAUCUCCUCAGUCUGAAGAACACACAACAGUCAGGACUUAAAGAUGGCAUAUCUAUGGGAAAGAGGCACUCCAUAAGCAGAACACUGACAAUACCAUCACCCAUGCCUUCAAUUUCAGAAUUUAUGGAUGAUGACCAGCCAAAUGCUUUGCUAGAUGACCUGACAAAUGAGGAAAUUAUAGAACCAGAGAGAACCACUUUACCUCCUUUGGACGAAGAGGAGGAAGUCACUGAGCCGAAUUUGUUAUGGUGGAGAGAGUUCUUCUCCUCUGAUAAUAUGCCAAAACUGAUUGUGUACACCCUUUUGUUUGUUGUUUUUUUAAUAACUGCAUACAUUUGUGAUUUCAUUGCAUGUUUUGGGCUCUACCUUCUUGCCUUGCAUUGGCUAUACUUUCAAGUGCAGGGAGAACCUUUAAAAGGCACUUGAUGCAACAAGACAAAAAAAAGACUAUUACUGGUUCGUAAAUUAUAUUUUUCCAGUUGUGGGCCAUUAUCUGUACGUCAUCUCUAUUGUUUGUUAGCGUACAUUGACUCUAAGGUCUCUUUCAGUACAACAAUUUAAAACAAAUUUGUAUAUCCAGCUUAUUUGCUAAUUGGGAAUGAUGUUUUUUGAUGGUGUUACAGCCAUCCUUGAGCAUAAUGUGUAUGUAAAACCUGUUUGUGUUAUCUUAUAACACUCAUUCUUAGUGACGAGUUAUUAAAUCUCCACACUUUCGCUGGG